CCAAUGAGUUAGGCACUUUUGCCACGUGUCGCUACACAACGCCACACUCUACUUCAAACCAUGUUUCAGCUUUGUGGAAUGCUGCACGCAUGGUCAUCCCAUCCCAUCCACAAUUACAGAUCACUGCAAGCAACUUGCAAGUAGCAUAGGUGGUCGCGGAUGUCAUUCAAAUAACUGAUAUUCUUCUUCUUGUGUGUCGAGUCGCUCGCUCUCCUGUGUCCCCCCUCCUUUGGUGUCUCUUUUGCCCCUUGUCGUCACCUGGCUACCGUCAUCGCUCGCUCCCAAACGAAAUUCUUGGAUCAUCAAUACGUUUUGUCUCCGCUGUCUCACAUCCAUGACACACCUCUUGUCUCAAACUUCUGAACCCAUCGCUCAUCCCACUCCGUGAAGUCAUCUUCUGACACGGCAGCAGCAGUACAGUGGCCUUGAUCAGGAUGCAAGGCCAAGGAACGGCACAGCCUCUAGGCAUCCCAUCCCAUCACUAUCCCUCCACCGCAUCAUCCGAUCCGGCUUCUCAACCUUCUUACGAUCAAUCAUACCCUCACGCCUCUUCAUUGUCCUCCGGGACACUCCUUCUUGAACCUUCAAGCUCCAGCCACCCCCGAUCAGACGGUCUCACCACUGCGCAAAGGGUGAAAGAAGGGUAUCGUCAAUCGCUUCCAGCAGGGCCGCCGCUGCCCAUCUCUAGGUCUACACACUUCCCAGAAUAUACAGCAAGCACACCGUCAGGUCAGAUGUCCGCCCUGCCCAAUGCCAGGCCUUACCAUGGCGCUGGCCCUCAAGGUUACACUGAAGAGUUGAAUUCGAACGCUCAUUACGAUCAAAGGCGCGACCAAGGGUACCCCGACGAUGAGUCAUACCGAGACAGCGAUCAGAUUCAUCGAAGGACAUCCAUGUCUAUCGGACCCUGGGAUUCAGCCUCUCAACGAUCUGAGGUGGCUUCUUCGGUCCACCAUAUGACACUACCUGCACCGACCACCGUCCCGCUCUCCGGCGCACCAUCCCACCUCAAGAACAAGGGGUCUUUUGCACCUUCGAUGGGUGGUUUGAGCUACAUCGAUGAGGAAGGCCAGUACUAUCGCUCGGACUCAAAGAGGCCAGCUUCGAUGUUGUUGUCCAAUACGAACAAGGCGGAUGACUUGGAGAUGCGAGGACUGGUUCGUGGAGCAGGACCCAUGGGAGAGUACGAAGACGGUAUGGGUGGACGCAAAGUCCAUUUUCCACACUAUGACGGGUCGCCCAUGCCAUACGUCCCCUUUGACGCAUCAGGCACAGAUCAAUGGAAGGAACCAGGUGGGCUCUACGAGACCCUACUCUUCUCCCUUGGCUUGGAUAGACUGUUGGCACUGUUUGGAAAACGAGUGGGCAAGUUCCCACUGGAACAGGCUAUCGAACGAAAGAGAAGAGGUCUAGGCGGGCAACGGUGGCCGGUAGCGACCUACACCCUCACUAUUAUCAUGACGGGCUUGAUGAUCUACGAGUUGGUCAGGAACAACAGUCUGACUGGAUCACCUAUCGCUACCAAGCCGAAUUUCAACUACAUGAUUGGGCCUACCCCAGAAGUACUUAUCAAUAUCGGAGCGAGAUUCCCGCCGUGUAUGAAGCUGGUCCCGGAUAUCCCACCGGACUUUCAGCUCCCGUGUUUGAGUGAUACAGCCGACCCUCCAACAACGAGCUGUACCGUCGAGGAAAUCUGUGGACAUGGUGGCUUUGGAGGCCAGACCCCAGAUCAAUCAUGGCGUUUCGUUCUUCCUAUCUUCCUCCACGUUGGUAUCAUCCACCUCCUGGUCAACAUGCUCGGUCAAGUCAUCGUUGGGUCUCUGAUCGAGCGUGAAAUGGGAACCGUACCAUUCCUCAUCGUCUACGUUGCAGGGGGAAUAUACGGCUUCAUACUUGGAGGCAAUUUUGUCAGGACGGGUAUACCCUCCCUCGGCGCCAGUGGUGCAUUGUUCGCCAUCCAAGGGUGCAUUGUGGUGGAUCUCGCCAUGCACUGGAAGUAUGAAGAGCGACCCAAGCUCAAGGCGUUCUUACUCUUCAUCGAGUUUGCCAUAGGUGUUGCGAUCGGAUACAUCCCAUACGCAGUCGAUGGACUGGCACACUUGGGCGGCUUCGCCAUGGGCAUCCUGGCGGGAACGGUGCUAUACCCUUCUAUCAGCGAGACGAAACGACAUCGGUACAUUAUCUGGUCCGCGAGGGUCGUGGCGAUAGUCUUGAUCAUCCUUGCCUUCGUUCUGACGACGAAGAACUUUUACACGACAGAUCCCAAUGCUGCUUGCAGAUGGUGUCGAUUCUUAUCUUGCAUACCUACUUCGGCCAAUAACCAAUGUACAGGUACAGGGCUGACGACGAUCUCGAGUGCGGAUGUGCCUACUCGGCGGGGCUGGAUGGAGCUAUGAUGAGAGACAAUGUGUGUAGCUACAGUAUAUGCUUUGAUGCCUUGAAACGAUUUGACGAGACACGACUUUACGGGCUGGGCUGCACAGUCUAUAUGAUGAUACAAUG